GACAAGUCUAUUUUGGAAAAGGAGGCUGCGCCGAAAUAAGCACGUCAGCUAUUUGGCAUCCUGAGGUACCGGAGAAGAAAGAAAAAAUAAGUCUAGUCAACCGCCCACCGCAGGAGACUGGGGGUGAUGUUCCACCAUUCUGGAUUUACAACCAUUUCAAGGAUAUUUGUGCACAGAGAAGAAAUUUUUGGUGGGACUUCUAAACACUGAUAUUGGAGUAACGUUAGGCUAUCAUCCGGAAAUCUUGACGGCCAACUACGUUUUAGCCCACAUGAUUCAGCGCCCGUUUUACCUGAGUGGCUGAAGACUCGAGGAGAAAAAAGAACAAACAAUGGAUCAAAACUUGUUCGGUGGAGUCCCCAGGUUUCUCACCCGCCCAAAGGCAUUCUCAGUGUGUGCAGGCAAGGAUGCCACACUCAGCUGCACUAUCGUGGGCAGCCCAACUCCACUGAUCACCUGGGAAAAGGAUAAGCUUAAGCUGACAUCUGGGGGACGCUUCAAGACCGUGGAGGAUGGAAUGUACCGCCUGACCAUCUAUGAAUUAACACUGGAGGACAGUGGUCAAUUCAUGUGCCGGGCCAAAAACAGCAUUGGGGAAGCUUAUGCUGCUGUUACCCUCAAAGUGGCCCUGCCCUCAGAGAUGGCCCAGAGGGCCCCUGUUUUCAUAGUUAAGCCUACCUCUACACGUAUAGGUUUGGGAGGUGAUGUCGUUUUCCACUGCCGGGUUGCAGCUUACCCUGAGGCCAACUUUGAUUGGGAGAAAGAUGGGCGCUACAUGGGGGAGACUAACCGUAUCAAGAUUGUUUCCGACAGUGACAGCAGCACCUUAAAGAUUCAAAGUGUGCGGAACCUUGACAGUGGCACCUACACCUGCAGGGCCCAGAACACGGUUGGCCGUUCUCACGCUGCAGCAGCUCUUGUUGUAGAGGCCCAGGAUUCCAACCACCUGGCUGCAGACAAGAACACCUCCCUCCUUUCUCACCUCCAAAAGCGCAAGGAGGAAAUGAAGAAGGACAUUUCUAUCUAUCGCACUGAAGAAAGCAGAUCCUCUCUUUCUUCCUCCUCCACAGUCAGCAUCACAGAUGGUUUGAAUUCCCACAGUCUGGAACAUGAGCUGAGGGCAUCUGCGCUGGCAAAGCUGCCCAAAGGUGUGUUCACCCGUACCUGCACAGUGACUGAAGGCAAACAUGCCAAACUCAGCUGCUUUGUGACAGGUCACCCUAAACCCCACAUUAUCUGGAGGAAGGAUGGAACAAACAUCAGCGAGGGCCGCAGGCAUGUCAUUUAUGAGGACCAAGCUGAAAACUUCAUCCUUAAGAUCCUGUACUGCAAGCAGAGUGAUAAUGGUCUCUACACGUGCAAUGCAACCAAUAUGGCUGGGCAGACCUAUAGUGCUGUGUUGGUAACAGUCAAAGAGCCUAAGGUGCCAUUCAGAAGGAAGCUGCAGGAUGUGGAGGUACAAGAGAAAACAUCAGCCACCCUAAUGUGUGAGGUUCCUGUUAGUGGCACCCUGGCCAACUGGUUCAUGGAGGAAACGCGGCUGGAGCAAAGCACCAAAUAUUACAUGGAGCAGGAAGGCACCCUGCGUCGUCUCACCAUACAUAAUGUCACAACCAACGACGAUGGUGUCUAUAUCUGCGAGAUGAAGGAGGGCAGUCGCACUGUGGCUGAGCUCACUGUCCUGGGCAACAUUACUAAGAAGCUUCCCCGGAGGACAGUAGUUCCUGUCAGUGACACUGUCAUCUUCUGUGUGGAGCUGGAGCAUCCCUUUCCGGAUGUUUACUGGACCCGCAAUGGCGAGAAGCUGAAGGAAGAUUCCCGUAUUUCGAUUGGCUGCGUGCUCAGACAGUACACACUCACAAUUAGAGAUUGCCAGGCUGAUGACUCAGGAGAAGUGGCCUUUGUGGCUGGAGACUGCAAGACUUCCACUCGAUUCUCUGUCACUGCUGCAAGGAAGCAUCCUCCCGAUCCCCCAGUCGAUGCUGUGGUGCAGAACAAGACUGACUCAUCCAUCACCAUUCAGUGGUCAUCUCCUGACAGCGACCGCCCUGUGCCCAUCAAGGGCUACAUUGUGGAGAGAAGGAAGAUUGGCACUCAGACAUGGCAGAGGUGCAAUGCUGGGGUAACCAUAGUUUUAACAGAGAUCACCGUCUGCGACUUCACAGAAGAAGCCACCUACCAGUUCCGUAUCUCUGCUAUGAAUGCCUUUGGCCAGAGUCCCUACCUGGAGGUGCCUGGAAGCUUCUACCUCGAACCCAGUGCUGAAAUCAGGAAAGGCCUAAUGAACAGUACUGCAAUCUCUGGUGAGGAGUUCUCUAUCUCCGUGGAGCUGUCUGCUGUUUGUUCCGGCUUCUGGUCUCUAAACGGCCGCCUUCUGCGCAGUGGAGCCGACUACCUCAUCACCAGAUCCAAGAACACACACACUCUGCUCAUCCGUGUCGUCACCAUGGAAAUGAAUGGAACUGAGGUCAAGUUUGUGGGUGGAGGCUCGCAAAGUAGUUGCAUUCUAUCUGUGAAGGCUCCUUCUGUUAGGUUCACCAACAAGUCAGAUCUGCUGGAGGUGGUGACCUGCAGUGCCCAAGCCACUGCUCAGCUGACUGCUGAGGUGUCAGAUUACGAUGCACAGGUGGUGUGGAUGAGGAAUGGGCGGGAGGUGAAAAUAGGAAAGAAGUAUGAACAUAUGAUCAUCGACCGCAAGAGGAUCCUUAUUGUACACAAUGUUACAGAGGAAGAUGUGGGCAUCUACGAGUGUGUUUUAGGUGAUGACAGAAUGUCCCUGCAACUCACUCUUAAAGAUGAACCUGCCAAGUUUCUAAACAAAGCCAGAGGUACCAUGGGAAUGUCAUCGUCCCUUAAAGGAGAUCUUGAGCUGAGCUGUGAGGUAUCUCCUGCCACCGCGGUCGUUGUGUGGAGAAGAGAUCAAGUGGAGAUCACUGAGGACCAAAGAACUGCCUUCAUCUCCAAAGGCACUCAAAGGAAACUCAUCAUCAAGAAUGCCAAGAAAAGUGACGAAGGACAUUAUUCCUGUGAGACAGCAGCAGACAAAGUCACAUUCCAGGUCAAGAUAAAAGAAACUCAAGCUGUAGCUGCCUUCUUCAACAAGGAGUCAGUCCAGAAGGAGGUGAAAGCUACUCUCUCCCAGAAAGCCACUCUUAGUUGCAAUGUUUCAGAUAGCAAGACAGAGGUGAAAUGGUAUAAAGACGGAAAGUUGUUGAUAUCCAGUAGGACAACAUACUCAGAAGUAAAAGACAAUACUCGUCAGCUGGUGAUUGAAAGAGUGGAGAAGAGCGAUGCUGGAGAGUACACAUGCGAAGCCGGAGGGGAUAAGCUGGUCUUCAAGGUAUUUGUGUCAGAGGUCCAGUCAGCUUUCUUCAACAAGGAAUCAGUCCAGAGGGAGGUGAAAGCCACUCUCUCCCAGAAGGCCACUCUGAGCUGUGAGGUAGUUGAUAACAAGACAGAUGUGAAAUGGUACAAGGAUGGCAAACUGCUGACUUCUAGCAAGACAAUCCAUACGGAGUCCAAAGGCAAGAGUCGUCAGCUGGUGAUCGAAAGCUUAGAGAAAAAGGAUGCUGGAGAAUACAUCUGUGAGGCUGGGACUGAGAAGUUGGCUUUUAAGAUGCAUGUUGCAGAGGCCCAGUCAGCCUUCUCCAACAAGGAGUCAGUCCAGAGGGAGGUGAAAGCCACUCUCUCCAAUAAAGCCACUAUGAGCUGCGACGUUUCUGAUUCCAAGACCGAGGUGAAAUGGUACAAGGAUGGCAAGCUGCUGACUUCCAGUAAGACAAUACACACAGAGUCAAAGGGUAAAAGUCGCCAGCUGGUGAUAGACAGCGUGGAGAAGAAGGAUGUUGGAGAAUACAUCUGUGAGGCUGGGACUGAGAAGCUGGUCUUCAAACUCCAGGUGGCAGACACACAGGUCCAGUCUGCAGUCUCUAACAAGGUGUCUUUCCAGAAGGAGGUGAAAGCUACUGUCUCCCAGAAAGCCACUCUGAGCUGGGAGAUAUCUGAUACCAAGACAGAGGUGAAAUGGUACAAGGAUGGCAAACUGCUGGGCACCAGUAAUGCCAUCCAUGCAGAGUCAAAGGGCAAGAGUUGUCAGCUGGUGAUCGACAGUGUGGACAAGAAGGAUGCUGGAGAGUACAUGUGUGAGGCUGGGACAGAGAAGCAGGUCUUUAAAAUACAUGUGGAAGGUACUUCUACAGAAGUCCAGGCUAAAUCCGCUUUCCUCAACAAAGAGUCUGUCCAGAGGGAUGUGAAAUCUACUCUCUCCCAGAAAGCCAUCCUGAGCUGUGAGGUAGUUGAUAACAAGACAGAGGUAAAAUGGUACAAGGAUGGCAAACUGCUGAAUCCCAGCAGAGCAGUUCACAUGGAAUCAAAGGGCAAGAUUCGUCAACUGGUGAUUGACAGCGUAGAGAAGAAAGAUGCAGGAGAAUACAUCUGUGAAGUCGGAACUGAAAAACUGGCAUUUAAAGUACAUGUGACAGAGAUCCAACCCAAGUCAGUCUUCUCCAACAUGGAAUCAGUCCAGAGGGAGGUGAAAGCCACUUCCGCCCAGAAGGCCACUCUAAAGUGUGAGGUAGCUGAUACCAAGACAGAGGUAAAAUGGUACAAGGAUGGCAAACUGCUGACUUCCAGUAAGACGAUCCAUGUAGAGUCGAAAGGCAAGAGUCGUCAGCUGGUGAUCGACAGUGUGGAGAAGAAGGAUGCUGGAGAAUACAUCUGUGAGGCUGGGACUGAGAAGUUAUCUUUUAAGAUGCAUGUGGAAGAAGCCCCAGCUGGCUUCUCUAACAAGGAGUCAGUCCAGAAGGAGGUGAAAGCCACUCUCUCCCAGAAAGCCACUCUGAGCUGUGAGGUUUCUGAUUCCAAGACAGAAGUGAAAUGGUACAAGGAUGGCAAGCUGCUGACUUUCAGCAAAGCAGUCCACAUGGAGUCAAAAGGCAAGAGUCGUGAGCUGGUGAUAGAAAAAAUGGAGAAAAAAGAUGCUGGAGAAUACACAUGUGAGGCUGGAACCGAAAAGCUGGUAUUUAAGCUGCAGAUGACAGAUGCAGCUGUCAAGUUCCAGAAUAAACUUGUCAAGGACACACUUAUUGUUCAAGCAAGUGAAAAAGUUGUUUUGACCACCGAGCUGACCACCGAGAGCGGUAGUGUGAAAUGGUUUAGAGAUGGUGUGGAGCUCAAGGAGGGCAGCAAGUAUGAAAUGAAAAAAGAUGGCCUUUCUCGUACCCUGAUAGUAAAAGCCACCGAAUCCAAAGACAGUGGAACAUACUCCUGUCAAACUGCUGAUGACAAACUGGAGUUUAAAGUUCAAGUUAAAGAUUCAGCUUUGAAGUUUGUUGUCCCUUUGAAACCUACUACAGUGGAGUUGGAAGGUACACUUAGCCUGAUCUGUGAACUAAAUCAAGCUUUAGGGGAUGUUGUCUGGCAGCAUGAUGGCCGUGAGAUCAAACCUGGAGGCAGACACUGUGUCAGGACAGAUGGUGCUAAGCGGGUUCUCACUGUGACGGGCAUGACUAAAGAAGAUGAAGGAGAAUACAGCUGUGAAUGUAGAAAUGACAAGACCUCUGCUAAAGUCACCUCAAAAGCACCCAGACUGGUGAGGCUAACCACCAAACUGAACAAUGUGGCUGCAAUGGAGGGAAAAGACGCCAUUUUCAAGUGCGCUGUCAACCCAGCGGAAGCCAAUGUUAAAUGGUUCCACAACAAUCUACCCGUGACUGCUGGGCCCAAGUAUAAGAUUGAGCAUGGUGGCAGCAGUUACUCACUCACCAUCACCUCUGUCACUCAAAAAGAUGCUGGAGAGAUAAGUGUUGAUGCAGAAGGCAAAAGCUGCAAAGCUACCCUACAAGUGCAGCAUGAACCUGUGACAUUUAAGAAGAAGCUAGAAAACCUGACAGUGGAGGAGCAGAGUGAAGUGAAGCUGGAGGUGGAGCUCAGUAAGCCAUCUGAAGAAGUGAGGUGGAUGAAGAACAGCAUAGUGCUGCAGCCUGUAGGAAACAUGGAGAUUUGGGUAGACGGAGCUAAGCAGGCUCUGGUCUUAAAGAGUGUGACUCAUGCUGACCGGGGCAUCUACUCCUGUGAAUCUCUGGAUGACAAAACCCAGGCCAAACUCAAUGUGGAGAUGAAGAAGAUCCAGGUAAUAAAGGGUCUAACAGAAACCAAGGCACAUGAAACAGAGACAGUAACUAUUGAGGUAGAACUCAGCCAGGCUGAUGUUGAAGGCUCCUGGACCAGGGAUGGGGCCAAGUUAAAGUCAGGGGCGAACUGCCGUAUCACAGCCCUGGGAAAGAAACACGCCUUAACGUUGUCCAAUCUCAAGAGGGAGGAUGCAGGAACUAUUGCCUUCCAAGCAGAAGGAGUGCAUACUUCUGGCAAACUGAUUGUUACAGACCCUCCUUCUAUGAUCUCCAAGCCAAUUAUGGAUAGCAGUGUUCCUGAGAAGGAGAAGUUUACUUUUGAAUGUGAAGUGUCCAGAACCAAUGCAGAUGUUAAAUGGUUCAAGGAUGAUGUGGAACUGAAACCAGGGAAGAACUUUGGCAUCCAUUCCUUGGGCCGAAAGCGCACUUUGGUCAUCAACAAAUGCACACCUGAAGAUGCAGGCACUUACAUCUGUCGCACUACUGAUGAUAACACCUCUGCCAAGCUCUCCGUUGUUGCCAGAGAUAUAAAGAUUGUUAAGAAGCUGGAGGAUGUGGAAGUGAUGGAGAAGGAGAGUGCUGCAUUUGUCUGUGAAAUCUCACACGAUGAAGUGGACUGCCACUGGUAUAAAGGAAGUAUCAAACUCAAAGUCAGUGACAACAUCAAGAUGAGACAAGAGGGCAGAAGCUAUGUACUGCUGUUUAGGUCUGUCACCCCAGAAGAUAUGGGUGAGAUUAAAUUCACAGCUGACAAGGCCUCAUCAACUGCAAAACUUAAAGUGAAAGAGCUGCCUGUCAAGUUUGUGAAGAGACUCAGGGAUAAGAUAGCGAUGUAUAAGCAUCGUGGUCAUCUUGAAUGCCAAGUGUCACGUGCCAGUGCAAAUGUGAAGUGGUACAAGAACAAGAUGGAGAUCCAACACGGCAAGAAAUACGAGAUCAAAAGUGAAGAUGUGUACCGAAAACUCACCAUCAACGAUGUGGACUCAGGGGAUGAAGACACCUAUACCUGUGAUGGCACUGAUGACAAGACAUCCUGUAAACUACUUGUGGAAGAGCAGUCCAUCAGCAUUGUGCGGGAGCUUAGUUCAGUAGAAGUGACCGAACCCUUUGCAGCUGUUUUUGAAGUUGAAAUCAGUAUGGAACUGGUGAAACCUCCUUUAUGGACUCUAAAUGGAGUUGCAGUGCAGGAAAGUGCUGAUAUUGAAAUGGAGAAAGAGGGCACUAUGCACUGUCUCACUUUCAAAAAGACCAAAGCAUCGAUGACCGGACCUGUGCAGUUUACAGCUGGGAAGAGCAAAUCUUUAGCCCAGCUCACAGUCAAAGAGCGUCCACUUGAGAUUGCAGAGCCCAUCAAAGAUGUGAAGGCGAAGGAGAAAAGCUCUGCCAUACUCACCUGCAAAUUUUCUGCCUCACCCAAAGAGGUUAUUUGGUUGAAAGGAAUGGUACCUCUGGCAGCGUCAAACAAGUAUAACAUUAAGCAAGAUGCUACAAGGGCUCAACUUACCAUUCAAAGGUUGACUGAGGAAGACAGCGGAGAGUACCGCUGUCAGUCCGGACCUGCUGAGACCAAAGGGAUACUUACUGUUGAAGUGCGUGACAUUAAGAUCACCAAGCACUUGGCUGACACAGAGGUUGAUGAAGACAGCGAUGCAGUGUUCCUAUGUGAGAUUAAUUAUGCAGAUGAAGAAGCACAGUGGCUUCUAAAUGAAAAGGUGCUCUUUACUAAUGAAGUCAACACCAUCACUCAUGAAGAGAAGGUUCACAAGCUCACACUGAAGAACUUGGCACCUCAGGAUGGAGGGACCAUCACCUUUCAAGUCCGCAAGGUGAAAGAGUCUGUGACACUUAAAGUUAAAGAGAAGCGUGCUGUGUUCCUCAAGUCUCUAGAUGAUGUCAUUGGAGAGGAGAAAGGCAUGAUAACUCUGCCAUGCGAGGUGUCCAAGCCCAGGGUUUCUCCAAUAUGGAGAAAAGAAGGUAAAGUCUUGAAGGCUGGAUCAAAGUAUGAGCUCCUUCACACAGGCAAGUCUUUGGGACUGAUCAUCAAGGACAUCACCAAAGAAGAUGCUGGAGAGUAUAGUUGUGAUCUUGGAACUGAGGUUUCUAAAGCAAAGGUCACUGUUAGAGAGAUAGGCAUUGGAAUUACCAAAUGGCUGAAGCCAGCUGAAGUGAAUGAGGGAGAGACUUGUAGCUUUGAGUGCAUCUUAUCUCGUGAGAGCACCGAUGAGUGUUCCUGGACUCUUAAUGGCCAAACUAUCGCAAAUGAAGGCCGCUUCAAAGCCACCAGUAAAGGACGCAGGUACAUGCUGACCGUUAAGGAUGUCACUCCUGCUGAUGCUGGAGAGGUGGUCUUUAACAUUAAAGACCUGAGCUCCAAAACGACAUUAACAGUUGAAGGCAAAGCUUCAUCUGUGUCUAAAGGACUACAGAAUGUUAGUGCUGUUCAAGAUGAAGAUGCUGUAUUUACCUGUGAGGUAACACAGGCUAGUUCCACUGUAAAGUGGGCCAAGGAAGGCAAAGCCAUCAAAAAGAGCCUUAAGUAUGACAUUAGCCAAGAGGACAAAGUCAUGAAGCUGACCAUCCAUAAUGUCUCUGCUCAAGACUCCGGAGAGUACAGUUGUGAAGUUGUUGGAGGUGCAACCACUAAAGCCAAGCUGGAAAUCAAGGAGCCAAUCCAUCAAUUUACUAAAGCACUUAUUGACAGCCAAGCUGAGGAGAAGAGCUCUGUGGCCUUGCGAUGUGAGACUGCACAAACCCCAUCCACUGUGAUAUGGCUUAAGGGUCACACAGAGCUCAAGGCUGGAGGUCGAUAUGAGAUGUCCCAGAAGGAGAGGGUCCUAACUCUCACCAUCAAACACCUGGAGGAGAAAGACACUGAUAUCUACACUUGUGACGUGGGCACUGCCAAGAGCAUUGCAAAGGUGACAGUCAAUGCCCUGCCUGCCAGUUUUAAAGAGAAGCUCAAGAACCAGGAGAAAAAGCAAGGGGAGACUGUGACACUUUGCUGCAAGUUAUCGAAACCUGCGGACAGCAUUCAGUGGAAGAAAGGCUCUGAAAUUCUCAAAGCUGGAGAGAAGUAUGAGAUGAAGCUAGAGGAAACCUCUUGUGAGCUUAAGAUUAGGAAUUUGGAGGUUGAAGAUAGUGGAGAGUAUUCUUGCAUGUGCGUGGACCAGAAGACAUCUGCAACUGUGAAAGUCAAUGCAUUACCGCCGACCUACAUACAGAAGCUGGAGAGCCAGGAGGCUGAGGAGGGAGCAAGUGUUACUCUGCAUUGUGAGCUCUCUAAACCUGGAGUCCCUGUUGAGUGGAAGAAGGGAACACAGGUCCUGAAGUCUGGAGAAAAGUACCAGAUGAAGCAGAAGGACUCUGUGAAUGAACUCCUAAUCAGCAAAGUGGUGCCACAAGACAGUGGAGACUACAGCUGUGUGUGUGGAGACCAGAAGACCACAGCCAGCCUCAACAUUAAGGCCCAACCAGUGACGUUCAAACAGAAGCUGGAGAGCCAGGAGGCUGAGGAGGGAGCAAGUGUUACUCUGCAUUGUGAGCUCUCUAAACCUGGAGUCCCUGUUGAGUGGAAGAAGGGAACACAGGUCCUGAAGUCUGGAGAAAAGUACCAGAUGAAGCAGAAGGACUCUGUGAAUGAACUCCUAAUCAGCAAAGUGGUGCCACAAGACAGUGGAGACUACAGCUGUGUGUGUGGAGACCAGAAGACCACAGCCAGCCUCAACAUUAAGGCCCAACCAGUGACGUUCAAACAGAAGCUGGAGAGCCAGGAGGCUGAGGAGGGAGCAAGUGUUACUCUGCAUUGUGAGCUCUCUAAACCUGGAGUCCCUGUUGAGUGGAAGAAGGGAACACAGGUCCUGAAGUCUGGAGAAAAGUACCAGAUGAAGCAGAAGGACUCUGUGAAUGAACUCCUAAUCAGCAAAGUGGUGCCACAAGACAGUGGAGACUACAGCUGUGUGUGUGGAGACCAGAAGACCACUGCCAGCCUUAACAUUAAGGCUGUGAAGCUGUCAGCUCCUCCUUCAGCUACUAAACUGGAAUCUAAGAGGCAUGAUACCAAAGAAAAAAUGGAAGCCAAGACCCCUGAAGCUCCGUUCAUAGCUGCUAAAGACGAGCACAAGAGGCAAGAGAUAUAUGAGACAAUAGAUGCUGUGACACUGCCAAUUACUGGACAGACUCCUCAACGGCAGCUCCUUGUACAGGAGAUACAGAGAGAUUCACGAGAGAUUGAAGUGGGAGGUGAAGUUGAAAACACUGCUGCUGGAGUAGCUGCAAAACACAAUACACAGAGGCAGGGGACCAAAGAGCCAAUAGCAGCAGUGAGGCUGCCAGAUGCUCCAGCAGCUGUGACAUUACUAUCUAAGGAUUCCAAAGAAGCAGUGGAAGUUACAGCAGAUAAGUCAACCGCAUCAGCAGUGACCUUCAAAGUUGAACCUGAGAAGCAGGAAUCCAAAGUUGAAGCCCAGCCUGUCCUUUUCAAAACCCAGCUGCAGAACCUUGAAAGACAGGAAGGGGAGAGCGCUAGUCUUCGCUGUGAGACCACAAAACCAGGAGCCAAUGUUGUCUGGAGGUGUGGUGACAGGGUGCUGGCGUCCAGCAGCAAGUAUCACCUGAAACAGGAAGCAACCAUAGUCGAGCUUGUCAUCUAUAAACUGCAGGGAGCUGACUCAGGAGAAUACUCCUGUGAUACAGGCAACCAGAGGACUUCAGCCGUCCUCACUGUGCAAGAGGUCGAGGUUAACAUACUGAAAUUCUUGGAGAGCUGCGUUGUAUACGAGGGUGAAGAUGUCCGCUUUGAAUGUCGGGUGUCUCAUGAGAAGGCACCUCUGGCCCAGUGGAAACUCCAGGAUGUCCCACUACAGAAUAAUGAAAUGAACCUGAUCAAGUCUGAGGGUCGGGUACACAGCCUCACACUCAGAGGCGUUACUGCAGCUGACUCAGGAACAGUCACUUUCACAGUGGGUAACCAUACUUCCACUGCUUCUCUGACAGUCAGAGCCGCACCUGUACUAUUCAAAAAGGAGCUGGAAAGUCAAGAAGCCACUGAAGGAGACAAGGCCACCCUGUCCUGUGAGACAUCCAGCCCUGACUGCAAGGUGACCUGGCUGAAGGGCUCAACUGUGCUCACCCAUGGGGAGAAGUACAGUAUGGAGCAGAGAGCUAUCACUCACAUCCUGGUCAUACACAAACUGAAUGUGAAGGAUAGUGGAGAAUAUACCUGUGAUACAGGGGACAAGAAAAGUACAGCUACCCUGACUGUGAAAGAGCAUGUGCGCCUCAUCCGAGAACUCUGCGAUAUCACUGUGACCACUGGGCAGGAUGCUGUCUUUGAGGUUGAGUUGUCACAUUCAGGUGUGACAAAUGGGGAAUGGUGGCUUGGAGACAACCUCCUCCAGAAUAAUGAUCUAAAUCAAAUGAGCAGCCAGGGCAGAGUGCACCGUUUGACCCUUAAGAUGGUGACCACAGAUGAAUCAGGGGAUGUUGCCUUCGUGCUGGGAGAAGAGAAGAGUGUGGCUUGUCUUCUGGUGGAGGAGAAACCCAAAGUGCUAAUACUAGAGAAGCCACACAACACUGUGGCAGUAGAGGGCGAAACUGUCACUCUGGCCUGCACCAUCUCUGACGCCAAAGCCACAGUCACCUGGAUCAAAAACAAAGCGGCCAUCCAAGCGGGUCUUAAGUAUGACCUGAAGAACAACGGAGCAUUCCACCAGCUUUGCAUCCACAACCUGGUGCCCGAGGACUCAGGAGUGUACACCUGUGACACUGGAGAUGCACAGUGUGACGUCACCUUGACUGUGGAAGGUGCCCCAGUGUUUUUCCACAAAGAGCUCAAGAACCAGGACACCAUAGAGGGGGAUGAUGUUACCCUAUGCUGCGAGCUUUCUAAGCCAGGUGUUUGUGUUGAGUGGAGGAAAGGAGGCAUUGUCCUCCAGCCCAGUAAGAAGUAUGAGAUGAGGCAGGAGGGGUGCAUUCAAGAGCUCUGUAUUCGGAACCUGGAGCCUGAGGACAGUGGCUACUACACCUGUGAUGCAGGAGACCAACUGACCACAGCUUCUUUGGCAGUGCAAGUGAAAGAAGUCUUCAUUGUGUGUGGUCUUAAGACCGUCGACGUCUUUGUUGGGGAAUGGGCAACCUUCUCUUGCCAACUGUCUGGUAGGGCACCUGGCAAGGUGCAGUGGUGGCUGGAUGGCACCUUGCUGGAGAACAGCCCCUUUAGUGAGAAUGGGCUGAGCCACGGCCACAUCCACACACUCACCUUAAAGAACCUGGCCACAGAUGAUUCUGGCACUGUUACGUUCAAAGCUGGCAGUUUAACAUCAUCAGCCAAGCUCUUAGUCAAAGAUCCCACAGUUGAAGUGGUGAGCGAGAUGGAGGACCUUUGGGUGCUCGAAAACCAACCAGCUGAGUUCAUCUGCCAGUACUCUAGGCCAGUCAAGGCUCAAUGGAAGAAAGACGGGCAGCCAUUGCAGCCUGAUGGCCGAAGGGUGGUAGUGGAGCAGGACUGGAAUGUGGCUCGCUUGUACAUUAGCCAUGCGUCCGCUGAGGACAGGGGCACAUAUUCCUGUGAGACAGAGGGGACCUGUGCGGUCGCUUCACUUUAUGUGGAAGGCAAACCCAUUCACAUUGUCCAGGGCUUGGAGAAUGUAGAAACCUUUGAUGGAGGGGAAGCGCUGUUUGAGUGUGCCCUCUCUCGUCCUGAGAGCAAAGAUUGCCACUGGUUCCUUGAUGGAAAACAGGUGAAGGAAUCCCCUAAUGCUGAGAUUGUGACAUUUGAGAGCGGUCUUCGUCAUCUGCUCCUGCUGAAAGAGUUGCGAGUGAAAGACAGUUGCACAGUUACCCUCAAAGCUGGCACAGCAUCCACAUCUGCCCAACUCUCUGUCAAAGGCUGGCAGCUGGAUGUUGUGAAGGGCCUUGAGGACAAGGUGGCUGCAGUGGGAGAGAAGGUAGAGUUUUGUGUUGAGCUCACCGAGCCUGUCCCUUCAGCAGAAGUAGCCUGGUAUGCUAAUGGCGUUGAGAUUAAGUCCAGUGACCUCUGGGCUAUGAGGGCUGACGGCUGUUCUUAUCGCCUUGUCCUGAGAAAGGCACCUCUUUUGCCUCAGCAGGAAAUUACAUUUGCUGCUAGAGAUGCUCUCUCUUUGGCCAAGCUCACGAUCAUCACUGUACCUGAUCCUCCAGAGGACCCAGAGGUCCUCAGUAAGACAGACAAGUCUGUCACCCUCUCUUGGUUCACUCCUCUACAUGAUGGAGGGAGUCCCAUUCUGGGCUACAGGGUGGAGAUGCGGCUGGUAGACAGUGCUCUCUAUCUUCCAUGUCAUUCUGAACCUGUGUGCAACACAGAGUUUGUGGUUGAAAAUCUUAUCCCAGGGAGUGGCUACAGGUUUAGAGUGGCAGCCAUCAAUAGAGCUGGGAUUGGAGAGCCUGUUGAGUUACCCCAGACUGUGCAGCUUGAGGCACCCAUUCAGCCAACAAUCUGCCCAGGUAUAGAGGCAAAACAGGUUGAGACUGAGAUAAUGGGGCAACCCAGUCUGCCUCCAGAAGCUGCUGAAGAAGGUGAUGUCCAUGAGCUAUGGGAGGAAUCGGCCAAGAAACGGCGCAUGAGUCGAGAACCCACUUUGGACCCUAUCACUGAACAACCUGAGGAGGACGGUAAAGGUGGUAAAAAAAAAACAGAAAGACAGAAAGAGCUGAAGGCCUCAGAGAAAGUGGAGAUAAAAUCAGUAGAGAAGGAGCAGGCCAUUGCGUCUAAGAAGCAGACAGAGUCUAAAUUGUACACCAGCUCUGAGGAUGAGUCUGUUCCUGGGGGUUCAACGCUUGUCUCUUACCUCAAGAAGAGCAGCACGUCUACUGUUACAGCGACCAAUGAGGCAGAGACUCUGACUACUGAGAGGUUCUUUGCACAUUUCCAGAUGACAGAGCAGAAAUCAGUGCAGCAGACUAAAGUGGAAACAACCACAAUUCAGCAGACAGAUGCAAAACAGGUGUCUACAGGGGAGAGUAACAUCAUGGAGAUCAGUAAAGAGGAUGAGCCUGAGCUCAGAGAUGCUGCCAUUAAGAUUCAAGCUGCCUUUAAGGGCUUCAAAGCCCGCAGGGACAUGCGCCCUGUCUUUAAAGAUGUCUUUAAAGACCAGACCAAAGAACCUAAUGACACCAUACAUCUAGAAUGUGUGGCAGAAGGUAAACCUGAUAAAGUGCGCUGGCUAAAGGAUGGAGAACCACUGACCGAUGGCAAGCACCACCAUAUUGAUAUCUACAAUGACGGUACUUGCUCACUGGUCAUCCCUGCCAUCACCACAAAGGACACUGGGGUUUACAUUUGUGAGGUCACCAACAAGUUUGGAGUUACUUCUCAUAGUGGUAAGGUCACAGUAGGAACGGCGAGAGAAUCAUCUGGGCGACGGCCACUGACCGUGGGCUACAGUGCCGACAGCGAGCCUGAUAGCUCCUCAGGAAGUGAGAUGGAUGAGUCACUAAGGCAGGCAAGCAGACGUCUCCGGCGCCUGCUGCGCACACGUCUCCCACCAGAUGUUGAGGAAGAACCAUUUCUCAGCGCAGAUGAGGGAGACCUUGGUCCUCCAGAUCCCCACUCUUACCGGGAGGACGACAGUUUCAUCUACAUUCGCUUUGACUCAAGGGCAGAGGCUGAGGUUGCCUCAAAGAGGUUCCAGGAGAUGUUUACAAUCAGUGGGGUUCCUGUGGAGACCACCAUCCUGGAGGCAGGGCCUCUCAAGGUGGAGCUACGAAUUAGAAAGAUGGGCUACACGCAAGAUGGUACACAGACCCCGACACAAGAUAGACAGCCUCCUGCCUUUCUGGCUGGAGCCCCCGCUGCCCCAGUUUUCUUGACAGAGCUACAAAGUCAGGAUGUUCCAGACGGUUAUCCAGUCAGCUUUGACUGUGUUGUGAUUGGCAAGCCCCCUCCAACUGUUCGCUGGUAUAAGGACGGAAAAUUGCUGGAGGAGAAUGACCAUUACAUGAUCAAUGAAGACCAGGAGGGCUGCCACCAACUCAUCAUUACCACUGUGCUGCCCACUGACAUGGGUGUCUAUCGUUGCACAGCUGAAAACAGCAGCGGCAUCGCAGCCACUAAGGCUGAACUCAGGGUUGACAUGUCUUGCAGCUCAGAUUAUGACACUGCUGCUGAUGCCACUGAGACAUCUUCCUAUGUCAGUGCCAAGGGCUACAUGUCCAGGGAAACAGAGACAUUUGAGUCGGUGGCUGAAGAUGAUCAGCUACCACAAGUUGUGGAUGAGCUUCAUGAUGUUCAUGUCAGUCCAGGUUCACCUAUUGCUAAGAUACAGCUCAAAGUAAAGGGCUUCCCCAAACCCAGAGUAUACUGGUUCAAAGAUGGCCACCCUCUGCGACCUUCAGAAAGGAUUCUGUUGCUUACACAGAGAGAUGUUCAUGGAGUGGAGAUCCUGGAGGUGAAGAAAGAAGAUAUGGGGGAGUAUUCUGCUUACAUCAGCAAUGUAGCUGGUUCUGCUUACUCCUCUGCCCGCCUGAUAGUUCUGAGUCCGGGGGAGAUGAUGCCACAAGAUAAAAGAGACCCCAAGGUGCCUCUGGUGCCACCCCGCUUCAUUGAAAGGUUCAGCAACAGAAAGGUGAAACAAGGAGCCAGCAUCACUCUUUCUGUCAAAGUAGAAGGCUCUCCACCUCCUAUGGUCUCCUGGCUAAAGGAGGAAUCAAUGGAAGAUGUCCUGUGGAUCAAGGCUGAUACCAAGGGAUACAAAAUAGCAAGCUCUGGGCGCCAGCACAGCCUCAUCUUGAUGGACGUGGGCACAGAAUACACUGGCACCUACACCUGCAUUGCCACAAAUAGAGCAGGACAGUCCAUCUGCACUGCCCACCUAGAGGUUGAUGACAUACCACAACCAAAAAAAGAGACCAAAGCCUCAGAGGUUCUUGGAAUUACAGUUAGUCCUCCAGAAGAGGAAGCUGGCAGAGGAAAAGAGGGUAAAAUGCCCUACCUAGGUGAAGUAGGUACAGAGGAAUUCCUCAUGAAACUCACCUCCCAGAUUACUGAAAUGGUAUCAGCCAAGAUUACGCAAGACAGCUUACAGAAUCAGGAAGUGCUCCAGUGGAUGAAAUCUUGGCCCAAAACUACCACUUCAUUACGCGUACCAGGUGUUGACAGUGAUGAUGAGACCAAGACUCCUUCUCCAUCACCUCAUCAUGGUCGCUCUCGUCCUCCUUCCCUCAUUGCUGACUCCUCCUCUGAGUCUGAUGAGGGGGAUGCCAGGGGAGAGAUGUUUGACAUCUACGUGGCAACGGCUGACUACAACCCCACCAAAGCAAGCAAAGAAUCCAUCUCUCUAAAGGAGGGACAGUAUGUUGAGGUUUUGGACUCAGCUCAUCCACUCAAAUGGUUAGUCAGGACCAAACCCACCAAAACUACACCAUCCCGCCAAGGUUGGGUCUCACCUGCCUACCUGGACAAGAAACUCAAACUCUCUGCUGAUACAAGUGACCUUCCAGAGACAAGUGUAGAGGAGGUGUCUGAGGGUGAAUACAAGAGGAAAUUAUUCCAACUGAUCCAAGACCUGAUAAAUGGUGAAUCACAGUUUGUAAAAGAAGUAGACUUCUUUACAUCCCAUCACAUGAAGCAUGCAGACAGCCCUGAUACACCGCCUGAUGUCAGCAGCCAAAAGGAAGCCAUAUUCAGGAACAUUGAUGAUAUCAAGUCCUUCCAUAGCAAGGCAUUCCUCCCAAAGUUGAACGACUGUGACACAGAUGACGACGUAGCCAUGUGCUUCCUGAAGAACAAGGACGGCUUCGAGAAGUACCUCCAGUAUCUUGUCGGUCAGAGUCAGGCUGAAUCUGCUGUCAGUGACAAGGCUGUUCACAGCUUCUUUAAGGAGUACACAGAGAAAGUACAAGCCAGUGCAGACCCUGCAGAUCCCCCUGUACGCAGCAUCAACGCCAGCCUCCAACAACCACUGGAGAGGAUUCAGAAGUACAAGGCCGUCCUCAAGGAGCUCAUCCGAAACAAGGCAAAAAAUGGCCAGAACUGCUGCCUACUGGAAGAAGCUUAUGCCAUGGUGUCUGCGCUCCCUCAGCGCUCUGAGAAUACCCAUCAUAUCUCCAUGAUCGAGAACUAUCCUGCCACACUGGAAGCAUUAGGAGAGCCAAUGAGACAGGGACCCUUCCAAGUGUGGGAAGGGGCUCCAGGAAUUAGGACGUCCUCUAGAGGUCACCACCGGCACGUCUUCCUGUUUAAGAACUACUGUAUAAUCUGCAAACCGAAGAGAGACAGCAACACUAAUACACAAGCAUAUGUCUUUAAGAACAUGAUGAAGUUGAAUAACAUUGAUGUGAAUGAGUCAGUGGAGGGUGAUGACCGUGCCUUUGAGAUCUGGCAUGAACGCGAGGACUCUGUGAGGAAAUACACCUUGCAGGCCCGAACUGUUAACAUCAAGAACUCAUGGCUGAGAGACUUUAGAGAACUGCAGCAGCGAUACAGCAUGCCUGCAUGGAGUCCUCCUGACUUUGAUGAAAUUCUGGCAAACUGCACAGCAGAGCUGGGACAGACUGUUAAGCUGGCCUGCAAAGCCACUGGAGUACCCAAACCUGCCAUCACUUGGUAUAAGGAUGGACGUACAGUGGAGGCAGAUCCUCAUCACAUCAUCAUUGAGGACCCUGAUGGUUCCUGCACACUGAUCUUGGAUAACAUGACAGCAGAUGAUUCCGGCCAGUACAUGUGCUUUGCCUCAAGCUCGGCUGGCAAUGCCAGCACUCUUGGCAAGAUCACUGUACAGGUGCCUCCUCGCUUUGUGAAUAAAAUGAGGAAUACUACAUUUGUUGCUGGUGAGGACGCUCAGUUCACCUGCGUCAUACAGAGCGCCCCCAACCCCAAGAUCAGGUGGUUCAAGGAUGGCAGGCUGCUGACUGACCAGGAAAAGUAUCAGACCUACAGCGAGCUCCGCAGUGGGGUUCUGGUCUUGGUAAUAAAAAACCUGACAGAGAGAGACCUGGGACACUAUGAGUGUGAGUUGUCCAACCGUCUGGGCAGUGCCAAGUGUGCUGCUGAUUUAGUUCCACUGUCUGCUGUGUCUCGCACUGGUGAGCAGGCCAUCACUAUUGAAGUUACUGAGCAGGAGACUAGAAUACCAAAGAAAACCAUCAUCAUUGAGGAGACUAUAACCACUGUGGUGAAGAACCCACGUAUGAGGAGGCACAAGUCCCCCGGCUUAACUGUUGCUGGAGCCCACCGCUCGGAGACCUCCACCCCAGAGCCCCCCACAGCCAGGCCGAGGAGGAUGCCCACUCCAAGAAAGACCACCAUCCCAACCCUCUAUGUUACUGAGCCCCAGGGUGCUGGAGCCAGGGCCAUGGAGAGCAAGCCCAGGUGGGUUGAGGUAGAGGAGGUCAUUGAGUAUAAGGUCAAUAAAUCUCCCAGGCUGCCCAGGAGGAGAGGUAUCUCACCGGCAGGGUCUGAUCGUGCAGCCACUCCUUCCAGACCCAAAAGGUCUCAGCCGGAAAAAAACCCAAACGCUAACAAUUCCAACAACAAGCUGGUGGAGCAGGCCCAGCUGCAGGGAGACAUCAGCAGCCAGCCGCUCUCCUGGGACGAAGAGGAGGGUAAUGUUUCCUCUGUCUCUGUCUCUGGAGUCACUGGAGAGCCACAUGAGCUCUCAUCUGUCCUCACUCCAGCUGGAGAGGACAGCGAGGACAUGGAUGAUGAACAAACCGUCAUCUUUGAACCUGAUGAUGAAGAUGAUGAUGAUCACAAUUCACUUGGAAAGCAGGAGCCUAAGAUUCUGACACAAGGAGGCCGUGUUCUGACCCUCGAAGACUUGGAGGAUUACGUCCCAGAAGAAGGAGAGACUUACGGUUCCUCCAGCACCCACAGCCCUGCUGCGGAAAAGCCCUGUGAGAUCUCCGUGCUCCAAAGGGAGAUCGGCGGGUCCACAGUGGGACAGCCGGUGCUCCUCAACGUGGGGCGGCCUGUCGUGGUCCCGAGGCAGAGGAGCGGCUUCUUCAGCCGCUUCAGGGAUCAUCUCUCCAGCAGCCUUUUCUCAUCUGCUGUCCCCCAAGCCAGCGGAGCCCAGUCCAGGACGGAAAGGCAUGUCCCCAUCCAAGUGAGCCACGCAAAACUGGAAGUGAAGCCUUCAUACUGCUCAGAGGUGCAGAGAGUUGAGGGUGGGCAGCAGAGCUUUAAAACCAAAGUGUCAACUCAGACCUACGGCUACACGUCAGUGGGCAACCCAGUCACUCUUCAAAUUAGUGAUAACCUUUAUCAGAACCAAUAGUAGCAACUAAUUUUAAUCUGGUACCACAAACCCUCUGAGUCUUAAAUGGGGACAUUUCUACUUACAUGAGGAAUAAGACAUAUCCUAACCUAAAGUAUAUUUACUGCAUUUGACAAACCAUUCCAUUUUGAAGCUGCCUUUCAGAAAAUAGGCUCAUCCUCUGAGUUUUUUUCUUGACAAAUGGUUCGAGUCAGAUUGCCUUUUUAGACUAGGCAAGUUGGAAAAUAUGUCACUGUAAGCAUGCAUCAGUCCCACUUACACUUGCUUUAUGACAUGGAAUAUGUGUUGUACAAUAUACAUGGUGGACAGAAAAAAAAGGAAAUUAAGGUUUGACAUUUUACUGAAGAACAAUGUCAUCGUCUUUUGUUGACUUAAAUUGUAUUUAAAGAAAUACGUUUCACCUCAACACACCUUCACAAAAUCAUGAACCUUGACUCACCAAUAUUAACUGAUCCAGGCAUUAUCCUUAGUGAUGACUCAUAUAUACAAAAACAAAUAGUUAUACAGUAUAUUUAGGUAUAUAUAUUUUUUCGGUUUCACCUUUGUACCUUUUUAGAAAUGUUACCUUUUGCACUUUAGCAGUGCUUUAGAUUCCUGGAGCAGCAAAUGUUGGAGUUAAUGACUAUUAGUGAUGCCAUGUUUCUAGUUCAAUAUUGCUAUAAGUUCAUUUAAAUAUGCAACACUGAUGAUGUACAAUUAACAACAGAACGUUGGUGAUCGUUGUGAUCGCUGUUUAAGUUUCAUCAAAGAUCUGCGGUCAAAAUAUAGUCAGUUUGGCAAAAUCACAGAUAAAUGCUCUACUACUUUGGUUAUUUGUGAAUAACUUGUUGGUGAGCAGCUUGAACAAACAUGGCCUUUCUACGAGCAGAUCAUGUUGAAGGUGAACCUGUUUCACAUCAGAUCUCUGUGUUUGACUGCAUUUGUGUCAUUUAUUAUUAUUGUGAAACAGAUGUUUCUACCAUUAAUUGAAUGUAAUGCUCAGCUUUACAGACAUGUUUGUGUAUGUUAAUGCAGUGAAAUCACCUGUGAAUUCACAGGAUAUCACAGGGUCAGUCAUAUGUUAGUGAUAGAUGUUUAGAUGAGUGACUGCAUGUAUUUGCUUUUCCAAGGCAAUGUGUUUAUCCAGUGUAACCACAUCUGUAAUGUUGUAUUUGAUUGCGAGCAAAUGUUUGUGCAAAGUACUUGAGCUCACAGAAUUUACUACCUUUUCAAUUCAAAAAGUGACUACAAUUUAGUAACUGCUCACUUAAAGAUUUGUGGUGUUUGUGUUGCUUUUAAAGGUCUUUUGGUCAGCUACAAGGAUCAUGUUAUGUAUUAAUAUUAAAGCACUAACCGAUUGUAAUUGCUUGUACUUUACAUGUGUAGUUUUUGGGAAACAUGUUUGAGUACUCAGUGUUAAUAAAUAGAUGUACUGCAAAUAAUAA